AUGCACAGGAACCGCAUAGAGAGAACCGCGUCCAAACGAUGGCGGGGCACCGUGCGGCGUAUUGUGUCAGCUGCCGUUUAUAACCUGUCCUGUUUUACCCACGGAUGCAGUACAGGAUGGGUGUCAGGAGUACUAGGGAGCGAGGCUUUAACAGGAGGUGCCUGGUUAGCCGCACUACCGUGCCUGAUAAGCUGGUCGUUAGCAGCAUGGUGUGGUCCCCGAGGAGUGUGGGCUGCCAGGGUAGCAGCCGGCGCAGGAGGUGCAGGUGCCCUCGCAUUGGCACCGCUGUAUUGUGCCGAAAUCGCUCCAAGAACAAGGGGAUUAGCCGCAAUGCCUUCAUUAGCAUGCAGUUGCGGCAUUCUAUUCGCGUACGCAGCCGGCGGUGUACUGUCAGCACAUGCACUAUCGCUAUCAAUGGCGAUACCACCUUGUCUGCUCCUGGUGUCACUGAUCUGGUUACCAGAGACACCUUCGUUCCUCAUCAGCGUCGGGAGGAUACAGGAUGCAGCAAAAAUAAUCUGCUGGUUCGAUGGCUCUGACUUCCGAGAAGAUCUGACAGACGUGAUAGAACAGCAAGAAGUCAAGAUCAGGACUUCAGACUGCUACGGGAGACGGGAUCCCAUCCGAAGGCAGGACUCGGACACCUUCCAGCCGAUGCUGAAGAGAAGUAGUGGACUGGACUCUAAUUCUGAGAAGAAAAGAGAGCAGUCAGCUUGUAGGGAGCUAUUUCGACACCGACGCACGCGUCGUGCACUAUUCUCAUGCCUGGUACUACUGAGUGCCGCUGCGGGCAGUGGCGCCGGCGCAGUCAACAGUUUUGCAGCGGCAGUACUGCGACACUCCACGCACAGUGUACCCCAUCUUAACGUUACAGCUUACAACUUUACUAUGUAUAAUGGAACUGCGCCUCGCUCACUGUUCGAACCAUCAGAAGCUGGUUCCAUACUAUGCGGUACUGCACUGGUCCUUGGAGCCGCGGUUGCUACUGUUUCUGUAGACAAACUUGGCAGAAAGAUGCUGCUGCUCUGGUCAUGUUCAGGAAUAACCUGUUGCCUCGCCAUACUAGGAGCGUACUGUGACCCCAACAUACGUCUGUACUCCUGGUACUCUCACCGCUUGUGGCCUUACAAACGAACGCACAAUAUCAAGGAGAAGGGCCUACAAUUGACGGAAAACUUCACACAAGUUAAUGCAAUUCCAGAAUGGAAGAAUUAUACGAACGAUAGUUCCAGGUUUAGAGUGGUACUUGAGAAUGGUAGUGUUCCUGGAGAAUGGAAAGUUCAGAAUUUGACGAAUGUGGUAGAAAAUGCGGAGAAGCAAGAAGAAAAUUUAUGGGCCCCUGUAGCUUUGAUGUCAGUGGUGCUGUUUUUGUACAAUAUAGGAUUGGGAUCCGUGCCUUAUGUACUUAUAUCUGAAUUGUUUACCAUCAAUGUAAGAAGCCUAGCAUCCAGUCUCCUAAUAUCAUGGAUGUGGCUUAGCAGUUUCUUCAUUCUUCGGUACUACGGCACCAUCGCCGUCUCUGUAGGCCUUCACGGCACUUACUACAUAUGCGCCUCCAUCACACUCCUGGGAUCCUUGUACAUAUUCUUUAUUAUUCCUGAGACGAAAGGAAAAGCCCAAGAACAAAUCGACGAAGCCCUUGACGGACCAUUACUGGUGAUUAACCGAAAGAGAAAGAACCGCGAUCAACGAUGACAGAGGAGGAUUCCAAAAGUAUUUACAGUGUUCUUCUCAUCAUUAUAAGCUGCUAUGAGUUCAUGAUACCCUGGUAGGGCGAGAGUUUGCCAAAUGGAAGUCGCUCAAUUAUGUUAAUGGCGAUUGACAAACAUAUCGAGGUAAGAGUGUUCCGAAGCUAGAAAUUAAUGACAAUGUGUUUCAAUGGUACGGUCGGUGGUGUAAGAU